AUGAAUUUCCAACUAAAAAUUUAUGCGCUCAGGAGCCUUGGAAAUGAACAGGAGACAAAAAAGAAGAGAAAGAAGAACAAAAAGAAAAGCCAGGAUAAUGAAGGUGAAACUAAUGUGAAUCAAACUGUUUCUGCUAAGGAAGCCCAAAAUGUAUCAACCUUGGACUCAGAUAAGCAAACUAAUGCAAAGUCAUCUAAAGUGAGAACACUUGCUAAUGGUUUGGUCGUUGAAGAACUGUCAAUGGGCAAACCAGAUGGUAAAAAAGCUCAACCAGGAAAGCAAGUCAGUGUCCACUACAUUGGCAAGCUAAAGAAGAAUGGUAAACAGUUCGACUCAAACGUGGGAAGAGCACCUUUUAAGUUCCGCCUAGGUGUAGGACAAGUUAUUAAAGGGUGGGAUGUUGGAGUUGAGGGCAUGCGUGUUGGGGACAAGAGAAGGCUUACCACUCCACCAGAGAUGGGUUAUAGACGUAAGGGAGCAGGUGGUGCAAUUCCUCCAAAUUCGUGGCUUGUGUUUGAUGUUGAGUUAAAUGAUGUUCGUUAAUUCUCGGACCUAUCAAUCAAACAAAUUUUUGGCAGCUGUGAGGG